AGGCAGAUCUUGCCCAUACAGGUGUGCAUAACUCACAGGAAUGCCAGACAAACCUGAGUCACUGAGAGAGAGACGUCUCUUGCCACUCACUCACUCACUACCUCCCCUUCCCUCCCAUGUGCACACACACACCUGGGCUGAAAGAAAACGUGUCUUUCCCCACUCUCACUUGCCCAAGUGCAAUUUGCCCAGCUAUUAUAGCAAUACAACACCUCCAUAUGUCCCGGGUGGAAGAAGACAGCCCGAAGGAGCACUGAAAGAAAAGCAAGAGCAACAGGAAAAGAGAGAGAGAGAGAGAGAGAGAAGGGAGGGGGAAAGGUGGAAGGCAAGGUCUGCUCCAUAGAAGCCAGGCGCCCUGCAGAGGAAGAAAAGAAUGGACAAGCUACUUCAAAGGUUAUUGCCCAGGCUGCUUCUAUUAUCAUUGCUCUAUAGCAUCACUCAAGCAAAUGAAGUUAACCGCUGCACAGCUUCCAGAGCUGAAAGUUGUACCAUGUGUAUCCGAGUGAGCAAGGAUUGCUCCUAUUGCACUGAUGAGAACUUUAAGAAGACCCGCUGUGAUUUCAGAGAAAAUCUAAUGAGACACGGCUGCAGUGAAGGAAGCAUAGUAGUUAUGAAAGGAGAAAUGUUAACAGUACAGGAAUUUAACAUUGAUACAUCUCUGAAGAAAACACAAGUGUCCCCACAGAAUGUGGCCAUGAGACUGAGAGCUGGAGAGGAAGCAAGCUUUUCCAUGGAUGUGUUUGAGCCCACUGAAUCUCCUCUGGACCUCUACAUUCUCAUGGACUUUUCUUAUUCCAUGUCUGAUGAUUUGGACAACCUGAAGAAAAUGGGCCAGCAGCUUGCAAACUUCUUGCAGGACUUGACUUCUGACUAUACCAUUGGCUUUGGCAAGUUUGUGGAUAAAGUUACAGCCCCACAGACCGACAUGAGACCCACAAGACUGCGUGAGCCCUGGACUGAUGCUGAUCCUCCUUUCUCCUUUAAGAAUGUCAUCCGGCUGACUCAUGAUAUUGAUAAAUUCAGCAGUGAAUUAAUGAAGGAGCGUAUCUCAGGCAACCUGGAUGCCCCAGAAGGCGGAUUUGAUGCCAUAUUGCAAACAGCUGUUUGCAAAGAGAAUAUUGGCUGGCGGAAUGACAGCACCCAUCUCCUGGUGUUCUCCACUGAGUCCGCCUUCCAUUACGAAGCUGAUGGUGCCAAUGUCCUUGCGGGUAUUCUGAGGAGGAACGAUGAAAGGUGUCACCUGAACAGAGCAGGCACUUACACCUUUGACACCAAGCAGGACUACCCUUCUGUGCCUACCCUUGUGAGACUCCUGGGGAGGAGUAACAUCAUCCCCAUAUUCGCCGUCACCAACCACUCCUACGAUUACUAUGAGAAGCUGCACACAUAUUUCCCAAUCUCUGAAAUUGGAAGACUACAGGAAGAUUCUUCUAAUAUUGUGGAAUUGAUAAGAAUGGCUUUUGAGCGCAUUCGCUCCAAGAUGGACAUUCGGGCUUAUGACACCCCUAAAGCUAUGAAAACAGAAAUAACAUCUAUGAAGUAUGAAAAAACAGAGUCUGGUUCAUUCCAGGUUGUUCGCGGCGAAGUGGGAACAUUUAAUGUCCGUGUGAAAGCCCAUGAGAAUGUGGGUGGAGAGCAUGUCUGCAAUCUUCCAGAGAAAGAUCGGAAAGGUGUUAUUCAUGUUAAGCCUUCCUCUUUCAGUCACAAAAUGGAAAUCGAUGCUUCGGUCAUUUGUGAUGCCUGCCCAUGUGAAAAGCAACAGGAAGUUAACUCUGCUAGGUGCAAUUUCAAUGGGAACUUUGUCUGUGGACUGUGUGUUUGUAAUCCAGGCUGGCGAGGAGAAGUCUGUAACUGCUCUUCCUCUUCCACUACUGACAAUGCGGCUUGUAUAAGACCUGGAGAUACAGAGCCUUGUUCAGGCCAAGGGGAGUGUUUGUGUGGGGUUUGUCAGUGCUACCCUGAUCAUCAGAUCCAGCGCUUUGAGGGACAGUUCUGUGAAUUUGACAACUUACAAUGUCCCCGCACAUCUGGAUUCCUCUGCAAUGACCGGGGCCGCUGCUACAUGGGCCAGUGUGCAUGUGAAAGUGGUUGGGAAGGUCCUGGCUGUGAAUGUCCCACAAGCAAUGAAACUUGUAUCACGAGCAAUGGGAUGAUCUGCAAUGAACGUGGUAGAUGUGAAUGUGGUCGAUGUAUCUGUAAUAAUCCCACUGCUUUUACUGGACCCACCUGCGAAAUCAGUGACUUGGGCUUUGCACGUGUGUGUAGAGAAGAUUUCCAAACCUGUGUGCAGUGUCAGGCAUGGGGGACUGGUGAGAAGAAAGGAAAGAAAUGUGCAGAUUGCCCUUUCAAGAUCCGGCUUGUGGAUGAGUUGGAACAAGAGAAGGACAGAUAUCCAGUUUGUGCCUUCCAAGAUGAAGAAGAUGACUGCAUUUACCGCUAUGCCAAGAUAGAGGAUGCCAAUCCAGAAAACAACGGCACUGUUUUUGUGCAAAGGAAGAAAGAGUGCCCACCAGGAAGCUUUCUCUGGCUUAUCCCCUUGCUCAUUUUGCUGAUGCUUCUCCUAGGACUGCUGUUGUUAUUAUGCUGGAAGUUCUGUGCUUGUUGUAAGGCUUGCCUGGCUCUGCUCCCCUGUUGUGCACGAGGUCGCACGGUUGGUUUCAAGGAGGAUCACUAUCUGCUCAGGCAGAGUCUCAUGACUUCAGAUCACCUGGAUACCCCUAUGGUGCGCACUGGCAACAUGAAAGGCAGAGACACUGUCCAUUGGAAGAUCAAAAACAAUGUGCACAAGCAAGACUUUUCUUCCUUACCUCCCAAUCCUGGGGAUCUGAUUCAGUAUGGCCUGUCCCUCAGAUUGGCCCGACUCUUCACCCCAAACCUUGCAAAACCACAUAGCCGUGAAUGUGAGCAACUGCAGAAGGAUGUGGAGGAGAAUCUGAAUGAGGUUUAUCGCACUAUCCCAGGUGCCCACAAAUUCCAGCAGACAAAAUUCAGGUUACAGCCAAAUGCUGGGAAAAGACAAGAUCAUACAAUUGUGGACACUGUACUCCCUGCUCCCCGCUCAGCUAAGAAUGAAAUUGUGAAAGUGACAGAGAAGCACGUGGCACAAGAGGCUUUCAAUGAUCUGAAAGUGGCCCCUGGUUAUUAUACUGUCAUCGCUGAUCAAGAUGCCAAUGGCCUGGUAGAGUUUCAGGAAGGAGUGGAGCUUGUGGAUGUGCGGGUUCCUCUCUUCAUCAGGGAAGACGAUGAUGAUGAAAAGCAGCUGCAGGUGGAGGCCACAGAUGUGCCAGUGGGAACUGCAGAGAUCCGACGUCGACUGGUGAACAUCACCAUAAUAAAAGAACAAGCCAACAGCAUCAUCAGCUUCCUGCAGCCAGAGUAUACCUACAGCCGCUUUGAUAAGGUGGCUAAGAUUCCUGUUGUUCGCGAGAUACUGGACAAUGGGAAAUCUCAGAUAACAUACAGGACACGAGAUCUCACUGCCCAGGACGGCAAAGAUUACAAUUUUGCAGAAGGUGACUUAGUCUUCCUGCCUGGGGAGAAGCGGAAGGAAGUGCAGGUGAAAUUGUUGGAACUGACAGAGAUAGAUGCUCUUCUUCACAAUCGGCAGCUGAAGCAAUUUGUGGUGGAUCUCCUCAACCCCAGGUUUGGUGCAAAGGUUGGCAAAUACCCACAGACGAUGGUGACAAUCGCUGACCCAGAAGCUAUAGGUGAUGUGCCACCAGCGGUAAGCACACGUCAAGUUCAGCAGUCUCCUAGAGGCAUGCUUGGAGCCCCACUUAAUCCAAAUGCACAAGCACUAAGCUCUAGGAAGAUCCGCUUCAACUGGUUACCUCCACCUGGCAAACCUGCAGGAUACAAGGUGAAAUACUGGAUCCAAGGGGACCCGGAAUCGGAGGCCCGCCUGCUUGAUUCCAAAGUGCCAUCUGCUGAGUUGACCAACCUGUACCCUUACUGUGAUUAUGAGAUGCAGUCUUGUGCCUACAAUGCCCUGGGCGAGGGGCUUUACUCUGAAGUGGUCCACUGCCGCACACUCGAGGAAGUUCCUAGUGAGCCUGGGCGUUUGGCUUUCAAUGUAAUCUCUUCCACGGUGACACAGCUGAGCUGGGCUGAGCCUGCUGAGCCUAAUGGGGUGAUCACAGCCUAUGAAGUUGGCUAUGGGCUUGUCAAUGAGGGAAACCGACCCUUUGGGCCAGUAAAGAAAGUCAUGGUGGAAGACUACAAAAAGCGGAUGGUUCUGAUUGAAAACUUAAGGGAAUCUCAGCCCUACCGUUAUACAGUGAAGGCCAAGAAUGGAGCUGGAUGGGGGCCUGAAAGAGAAGCGACUAUUAACUUGGCCACACAACCAAAGCGCCCUAUUUCCAUUCCCAUCAUACCUGAUGUGCCCAUAAUCGAUGCUGAAGGAGGAGAAGAUUAUGACAGCUACCUCAUGUACAGUGCAGAUGUCAUGCGCUCACCUGGUGGUAGCAAACACCCCAGUGUCUCGGAUGAUUCUGGCUCUAGGUGGAAAUAUGUGCAGCUGCUGGGGGAUGAGCUGGACCUUCGUCGUGUCGCCUGGAGGCUCCCAGCAGAACGGAUCCCUCGUUACUCGGACAGCAGCUGCUUUUCUUCGGACACAGAGGGUCUCCUUCAGGAGGAUAACACUCCCUCUGUGUUAGUCGGCAGUGAUGCACCCAUCAGCAGUUUGCCAAGAAGUGGGACUCCCCGGCCCCAACCAGAACACAUGUUGAAUGGUCGAAUGGAUUUCACUUACCCUGGAAGUAUUGGAAGCCUGACCCGGAACACGACUUCCAGCUACAACCAUUUAAGUCCACACAUGCACCAUGAGAGAAGGGUAAUAGAAAACUCAUCUCUGACAAGGGAGUACACCUCAAUGGUGUCUGGACAAGACCAGUCCAGAAGGAUAUUUCCUCCCAUACAUGAGGAUGCUGGUAGGAUAGUCCCAAUGCCACAGGAUGUGGCCUUCAGGAGGGCAAGGGUGAAGGGUUACAAUGACGACACUGAUGCACGGGAAUCUAUAGUCAUAACUGAUGGGCCCUCUUGGAUUUCCAAAUACCUAGAUUCCAGGAUGCAGCAGGGUGUUCCGGACACUCCCACCCGCUUGGUGUUCUCGGCCCUGGGGCCUACCUCACUGAAAGUCAGCUGGCAGGAGCCGCACUGUGACAAACAACUGCAAGGAUACAGUGUACAGUACCAGCUUCUCAGUGGAGGAGAAAUACGGAGGUUGACUCUCCCCAAUCCCACUCAGAAUUCUGUUGUGGUGGAUGACCUGCUGCCAAACCACUCCUAUGUCUUCAAGGUGAAGGCCCAAAGUGAUGACGGAUGGGGCCCAGAGCGAGAAGGUGUGAUCACUAUCGAGUCACAAGUCGAUCCACGCAGUCCUCUGAGUCCUGUUCCAGGUUCACCAUUCACCUUGAGCACACCCAGUGCUCCUGGGCCUUUGGUGUUCACUGCCUUGAGUCCCGACUCUCUUCAGCUGAGCUGGGAGAGACCUCGCCAACCCAAUGGUUUGAUUUUGGGUUACCUGGUCACCUGUGAGACACUGCACGGUGGAGGAGAACCCAGGAAUAUAUAUGUGGAAGGGGACAACCCAGAGACCACCCUGACAGUACCUUAUCUGAGUGAAAAUGUUCCAUAUAAGUUUAAAGUGCAAGCAAAGACCACUCAAGGAUUUGGACCAGAAAGAGAGGGGAUUAUCACCAUUGAAUCUCAAGAUGCAGGUGUAUUCUCUCAGUUUGGAACACAGCAGUUCUCCAGAGAAGAGGUGUACAACAUCCCCACAGAAUACAGCACCCUCACGAGUAUAACUUCUUCCCCACUGGAUCCUUUGUACACAGAUGGCAUGCUGAUGACCACGCAGAGAGUGGAGAGUGGCAGCACUCUCACCAAACAAGUCACCCAGGAGUUUGUCUCCAGAACCAUGAUGUCUAAUAGCAGUGGGACAUUCUCCAGACAGACAGAGAGGCAAUUCUAUGAAGCUUGAGUCAGGAAAGAAACUGCAAAAGGGUGUUUGUGCAAGUGGAUGAUUGCAAGUAGGCUGGUUCUAUGGUCCACUUCCAGACUCAGAAGGACAUGGCAUGUGCUGCAUUGCAUCAAGUUCUCAAAGCAAUUGCAGUUCCUUUUGAAAUACCAAUGGGUGGAGGCUGCAUGUGGCCCAGGUAAUAUCUGGGACACUAUGAACAAAGUUUUUAGCAAGACACUUGGCUACCAAGGGCUUUGGGUUAGUUCUGUUUUGAGUCAUAUUCUUGGCCAUCUCAUGCUUUGCUUUUUGCUGCUCUUUCCUAUUUGACUGCACAGGACUGAAUUUGUUUCUAAAUCCCAAAUUCCCAUCCUGUUUUUCUAGUUGUAUUUUUAAAUUUGAUCCUUUCCUUCACUCUCCAAAUAUCUAGACAUAGCUCCUUUGUGUCAAUACCAUUAUCCUGGCUCCCACUCCCAAAAGGAGUGUUAUGCUCUAGGAAAAAAAGCCAUACCUAAAUUUGUCAUUUUAUUAAUGCACCUCUUGUAGUGCAGGGGGUAGUGUAUUCUUUGUGUUCUUUUCCUACACGUUAGCAAAAACCCUUUGUCUAUAGUUUGGUAUUGAUAUAACUAAUUAGAAGAUUCAUUUGCACAGCACUACCUACAAUGCUUUAUAGUGCAAUCCUAUCUUAUUAUGUAGUUUGCCUAAUAUGCACACAUACAUAUACAUUUGGGGGAUGUUAUUUUAUACAGAUUGUCUUAUCACCAGCUUCCUUCCUUAAAAGGUAAAGGUUUCCCCUGACGUUAAGUCCAGUCAUGACCAAAAUCUGGGGGUUGGUGCUCAUCUCAAUUUCUAAGCCGAAGAGCCAGCGUUGUCCAUAGACAUCUCCAGGUCAUGUGGCCUGCAUGAAGCGCCGUUCCUUAGGGUUGUACAUUUCGCAUGGCAUUAUAGUCUUGCCAGAAGAAGCCCUUAAAAAUGAUCUGGGGAUUCUAAUCAAUGAGGCUUUUAUGGUUAUAGAUGACUCGGACAUUGUUUUCUAUUCUUCUAGCCCUAUGUUUUCCCACAGCUUUUUCCAAACCAAAGAAAAUCUAUAAAGAAGGAAAAGCUGGGUGAGCUAGAUAAUGUUUUUUCACUGAUAAUGCUAGGAGCUGCCAACCUGAAAUAAUUUUAAAUCAAAAUCCACAUAGUUGCCAUUGAAUUCCAGUUGUUAACUGGACUUCCCUGCCUUGUUCCAAGUGGACAGUGCCAACAGGUUUGUUUCACUGGCAUAUAUUAACACCAUAGGCUUUAGCCCAAGUAUAGCAAGGUUGUCAUACAGUCUGCUCUUCUUUUUCCUCACAAGAUGCAAUGACUUUAACUUAAAUCAUGCAUCUUUCAGAAUGCCUAUAAUGCAAGCUACUGUGGUGUAGUGGUUUGAGCAUCAGCCUACAACUCUGGAGAACACUGUUUGAAUCCCUGCUGAGACAUGAAACCCACUGGGUAAUCUUAGGCAAGUCAGACUUACACAGCCUCAAAGGAAGGCAAUGGCUAAUCUUUUCAGAACACAUUUUGCCAAGAAAACCCUGUGAUAGCAGCACCUUAGAACCACCAUAUUUCAGAAAUGACAUGAAAGCACCUAACAACAAACGCAAGACUUCUAUUCCCGCAGUGUUCAGGUAACUACCUGGAUACCACAAGUGUCUGGGCACAUUUAUAUUUAACACAGUCCAUUCUGUUCCUUCCUUGUCUUGCCUAAUAGACCCAAGUUGAACAGGAAUCAACAAGACAGGAGUGGCUAACCAGAGAUUGGUAAAGAAUUUCAGGUGCAGAUCCAGACGAGAAUUUAAUAUAUGGAAACCAAAGUAGAAAAAAAAUACUACUGGCUUUGAUACAGCCACUAAGUUUCCAAUAUGGAGUGACUGUUUCACCUUUCUUAGAAUGGAAAAAGUAGUGUUUUCCUUAUAUGAAUGUCUUUAUUUAUUUAUAUGUAUGCAAAUUUAACAAACAAGCCAGAUGGUACAAUCUCCCGGACUUUUAUGCUAACACUUUUCUUCUUGCUUGGAAGCCAUCCAAAAUCUAGAAGAAAGACUCCCAGCUGAACUCUACUGAAGGAGAUUGCCACGUUGUGCAUUUUGCAGCUUUGGAAAAAUGCAGCUUCCCAUUUUUAUAUGGCUAUUGCAAAAAGCAGACAUUUUCUAACAUUUUCCUGAAGAACAACCAGGUUCUAUGCUGAGAAAAUCUAAUGCAAGUGCCUUUCCUAAAAUACAAUUUACCAAUCUUCACAAAGUAAUGCCCAAUGUGCAAUAGAUAAACUGGGCAUAUACCCUACACCUUGUCACAGAAUCCUUUGCAAUGAACAUUGUUGCUAUAAAUGAUUUUUGUUUCCUGGACAGGCAUUUGUAAAGUUUCAUUGAAAAACAAAAGUUUGAAAUCCAUUGUCAUUACAAAUGUUAUUACUUCUAGCACAAUUCUGAAUAAGCUGAUCUUUCUCUUUCAUUUCUCUUUUAACAAUACUAGCACCAAGCUUUCUUGCAUACGCAUUUGUGCAAUCCAUAAACAUCUUGAAAAUAGAGAGAACUCAAGAAGGUGGAGGUUGUUUUGUGCUGGGUUUAGAAAUUCAGGUAACGGGUGCUCUUACUUUCUGUCUCUUGGGAUCUUACUUUGGAUGUUAUUGCCAACUGCUUCAUAGCAACAGUGCAGGUCUAUGAAAUGUCCCAGGUCAUCUUUCCAAAGGAGCUGGUUUCUUUGUAUUUCUAGACAUCUAGAACUAUGUCCAGAAAAUAAGUUACUUUAUGGUUACUUUAUAUACAACUCUGAAUAAAGUAUUUUAUUAGAAAGGGCUAUCUACAAAAUGUACAUAAACAUUUUUCUGUACAGUCCAUCUCCCCAGUUGCAAUUACAUGCUGCGCAUUAUAGUGCUUUUUACUCAAGGAGCCCCACAGGCCUGAAUAUUAACCAAAGAGCCCAUUUAAAGGGGAAAUUGGGCCAGACAUCAGCAGUGUAGUGGUUUUAAUGCCAGUUUUAAAAGGGAAUGUGUUUUCUGCUCAUAUAAUGGAAGAAACACAAUAGAAUAUAAAUUAUAUUUUUCUAGCCUGUUAUGGCUUGCAGACAUUGGUGGCAUUUAAUACAUAUGUGGUGUGAAUAAUAAAACAGUUUAACAGCUGGUAUUCUGGACCAGAUGGCUUUCUAUUGCACUUAAUAAAAAUUUUCUAUUUGA